GACAGUCGGUCUCGUGUAUACAACCUCUACCACCACGCCGCGGUCGUUUACCACCACCACUGUUGUAACGAGUCACUACUACUACUAGCUUCACCAUCGUCAUCGUCAUCGCCAUCACACCAUGAGUUUGGCGUUCGUCGAUCGUUUCGUACGUGUAGAAGAAUGAUGUGUUUUCGUUUCAUAACGUUAAGUGAGUGAAGAACGUAUGUUGGUGCAUUGAUUUCGAUAACGGGAGAAUAGGAAGGAGUUACUACGAACAAAGUACGGAAGAGACAAUUGGAACGAAGAAUUUCGUGACGAGUGAAGGCGGAUUAUAAGCUGGAUACGUUCCUUGGCAGUGACCGAGAGUAUCCUAGUAUUGUAUCAUCCGAAAAAAGUUUCUCUAAAAUUUUUGACUUGCCAUGGAUCAUCCGAAAAAAGAGAAGAAACACAAGGAGAAAAGAAGGAGCAACGAGAAGAGGAAGGAGAAGUCCCGCGAUGCGGCAAGGUACCGUCGAAGCAAAGAGACGGACAUUUUCACGGAUCUAGCCGCCGCCCUUCCCGUAACACCGGAACAGGCGGCUCAUUUAGAUAAGGCCAGUGUGAUGAGACUUGCCAUCGCCUAUCUUAAAGUGCGCUCGGUGGUCGACUGUAUUCCAGGCCCGAUGACCAAAUCCGAAACGUUGAAUCAAAUGGACGAAUUAUUUUCCAAAGCUCUAAAUGGAUUCAUGUUGGUGCUUUCCAGCGAUGGAAACAUGAUCUACCUGUCAGAGAACGUGAGCGAUUAUCUUGGCAUUUCCCAGAUGGAUAUGAUGGGUCAAAGCGUGUACGAAUACAGCCAUCCGUGCGACCACGAAGAAUUGCGGGAAUGCCUGUCCUCGAAACCUGUACUCGAGAACAGCGAAAAACGUGCUUGCAGUUUUUUCUUACGGCUUAAGUGCACGUUGACCAGCAAAGGAAGGAAGGUCAAUCUGAAAAGCGCUUCCUACAAGGUGAUUCAUUGUACCGGUAGAUUAACGUAUAUCCGGGAUCCGAUAUCGAAUUCGUCGGAGAACGACGACACGAAAAAUAAAAAGGACGAGGAGGGGAACGAAAGGGACACCGGAGCCUCGUUGGUCCUCUUGGGAUGUCCCAUACCGCACCCUAGCAACAUCGAGAUACCGUUGGGACGUCACACUUUCCUCUCCAAGCAUAGCCUCAGCAUGAAGUUCACGUACGCCGACGAAAAGUUGGCCGAAUAUCUGGGUUGGAACAGCGAGGAGUUAGUGGGACAAUCCGUUUUCGAGUUCUAUCACGCCCUCGACAAUUUGGCUCUGGAUAAAUCUUUUAAAUCACUGUUCAGCAAGGGUCAAUGCGAGACGGUCGCCUACAGAUUCCUCGGGAAACGUGGAGGAUACGCUUGGGUCGUGACACAGGCCACUCUAAUUCACUGUUCCAAGCAGCAAAAACCAUUGUCCGUCGUCUGUGUAAAUUACAUUCUAAGCGGUGUGGAACGCGAGGAUGAGGUGUACAGCGCGCGUCAGCUCGCAGCACGUGACACCGAGAAGGCCGUGAAGCCGGAGGAACCGGCCGCCGAUCCAAUCCUCGUCGAGCCUCUGCUCACGACCAAGCUUCGUCUCCGCGUCCAAGUGAACAACAACAACAGCAGCGGCAAGAGUAACAGGAGCAACAAUAACCUGGAAGAAGGGACGUCGUUGGACGUUGGAAACGAGGAACGAUUCUCCCUGUCGCCCGCGCAACCGGAGAUCGGUAUCGACUCGUUCGACCGCGCGACGAAACCGUUGACGGUGACCAGCUCGACUUUCCGCGCGGCGGACAACAAGCCGAGGAGGCUCGCUCAGGACGGCUCGCGGAAGGAUAACACCUUCCCGAGACCGGUCCAAUCAACGGAGAAAUCGUUCGCCGGUGUUCAAGCGCUGAAACAGUCUCUCGAGGAGUCGAUCAAGGAGAACAGCGAGCCGAAAAAGAAGCAGCAGUGCCGUCAGCAAUCGGCCGGUGGCCGUGCUCCGUUCGAGUUCCAGGGUAAACCCGCGCUGGAAUACGAUCCGGAGACCGCUGUACGCCAGGACAGACCGCACGUGGUCACCAGACACCUGUUCGCUUCCAUUGCCACGCAGCAACAGCAGGAACAGCAGAUCACUUGCAGACCACCGCCACAAACAGCGACUGCGACUAUCUUCGCACCUCGUACCGAGGACAUGAACAAAGGCUUCUUGACUUUCAGCGAGGAUCAUCCAGGCCUUACGAUGCUGAAGGACGAGCCGGAGGACCUAACGCAUCUGGCGCCUACACCUGGCGACGUAUGCGUCCCCCUCGAGGACACGCCUUUCCUCUCGGAAAUGCUCGACGAGUUUAUCCUUAGUAGCGACAAUUAUUGUCCCCUGCUCAGCCCGGGCGGAGCGUUGGCCCCCGAAUUGCGAUCCACGGAUUUCGGCGACCCCCUCAAGGACGCCGAGUUGGGCGACACCCCUGCGAGAGGCAAGGAUCUGGGGGAGUCGUUGGCCGACAGCGACCCGUUCAUGUACGGCGACUCGCCGAGCAGCCCUUGCAGCAUCGAUCCGACCGCUGUUUCACCCCAGCUUACCAAGUAUCGCCAAAGCCCCGAGAGGAGCAUAGACUCGUUGGGCAGCCCUACCGGUGGUAGCGGCGCCGACGGUUUGUCGGAGGACGAGAUGUUGAUGUUGGGAUUGAACGACAGCAUAGCGGACGACGAGUUGGAGUUGAGGGCUCCUUACAUACCGAUGUCGGAUCAAGACGAGGCGUUGGAUCUGCUUAUCAGCAACGAUAUGGUGAUGUGGAGCCCGCCGCAGACGACGGAUCAGAAGAACGGUUUGAAAUGGAUGUUGGCGGAGAAGGAGCAACGAACGUCGGAUUCUAGUUUGGCACAGCUUUUGAAAACGGAUCAGGUCGUCUCGAGAAAGUACAACGACCACGGUGGGGGUUUGGUGAAUCCGGUCCAAGUUCUCGGCCAAAUCCCUAGAAAAAAUAUAAAUCUAGAUAACUGCCAUUGGUCCUCCAAAGUGGACAGACCAGCGAAGCGUAUUCACACUGCCUCGAUAGACGUAGGAAACGACAAUAAACGUAUCAAAUGCGACGAGUCCAACGCGAAACGCAGCUGCCAUCUGGAGGAUCAUCUCUUGACCAAACAACAGCAGCAACCGUCUUCGAGGAAAUGCUCGCCGUCGAACAACCUCGGGAACAGUCAACUGCUGCGCCGCUUGGUGUCGCAUCAAAACGCCCUGCGAAAUAAUAAUUUCGCGAACGAAUCGUUCGAGGGUACGGCAGGGAACGGGCGGCAGAGCGCGAAUCGAGUAGACUCGGAGCUGGACGUGGCGCAGGAUGGGGAAGGAGACGGGGGCGGUGGCGACAGUAGCGACGGCGGCGGAAGGAAAGGCGAGGGGAAGGAGAGCGGUGGAAGGUGUGGCCGGAGCGGCGUAGAAAACGGCGACACGAUCGGUCAGAUCCCACACCGGAAUCCAGCGUGCAACAGCGUGCUAAUGAAUCUCCUGGUGUCCGGCUGCGAUGUUGUUCAGGAAAACUUGAUGGAGUCGCGGAACGUGCCCACGAUGUACCCGAAAAUAUCCCUGAUGUCCCCGCUGUCCGUGAACCUGGAGAAUCAUCAAAUGGUGCCCCAGUGCCCGGAUUCGAGAGGAUCNUCGAGCUCGUCGUACGGCCAACUGAGCCCAGCAACGAGGAAACAGAUAUCCAACAACGCGUUCAUAAACGGGGGAGGAUCGAUAGUGUCGUCCCCUUCCUCGCCGAUGAUGCCGUUCGACGCGUUCGAUUACGAAACGAGUAUGUCGGUGAGCGGAUUGCUCCAAGUCGAGCCGGAUCUUUUUGGAACUCUGCUCGAUCGAAAUCUCGUGUAAAAGCUCGUGAUUCGAA